GGGAUGGCAGCCCCAAACACAACAUGACAACUCGUCUACUCACCCAUGAAAGAUUAAAAAAUGGAAAUCAAUGUAUUUCAUCUUAUGCUCUGCGUCACUUCUGCUCGGACUCAUAAAUCCACAUCUCUUUGCUUUGGCCACUUCAACUCAUAUCCAAUCCUUUCUUUAUUUCAUGAUUUAUUGCUCACCUCAUGAAGAUGCGCGGUUAACUCCGGAGGAGCUAGAAAGAGCUUCCCUUCUGCAGAUACUGCCGGAGAUGCUGCUGGGUGCAGGAAGAGGGGACAGUCUCAGGAAAGCAGACUCGAGUACCAACAUUUUUAACCCAAGAGGAAAUUUGAGAAAGUUUCAGGAUUUCUCUGGACAAGAUCCUGACAUUUUACUGAGUCAUCUUUUGGCCAGAAUCAGGAAACCAUAUAAGAAACGUGAGACUCCUGAUUGCUUCUGGAAAUACUGUGUCUGAAGUGAAAUGAGCAUCUAUUAGUCAGCUCAGAAACACCCACCUUAGAACACGAAAAAUACUACAAUAGUUGAUUUGAAAACAGCGUGGAGAAAAACUAGGCAAACUACACCCUGUUCAUUAUUACCUGGAAAAUAAAUCCUCUGUUUUGC